ACAACAUUCAUUCCAGAGGAGCGCAGCUGAGUGGACAAGUUUUUAAGGACACGGUCCAUGGGGAAAGUGAAACAUGGAUAAUUACGUGAUUCUGGAGGCCAUGUCCCCGGGUACAUUUGGAACAACAUUACUUGUUAGCGACACAAAAACCGACACGGAAUUCACGUUGAAGAAGAUUGAAUGUUUAGAUGAAGGCAGCGCCAAUGAAGCUCUUCAAGAGGCACUGCCACUCCUGGGGAUCAGUCACCCGAGCAUUGUGCGCUACAGGGAAAUGUUCAUAUGCUGGGAUAAAGAGAUCUCCUCUGUGAUCCUCAAUGUGGUGAUGGACUGCCCUUACACAGACACCCUCCACACCAUCAUCACCAACCACCGGAUUGAGAAGCAGACCUUCAACCAAAAGGUAGUCCUGACACUCCUGGGUCAAAUGAUCGAUGCUCUUGCCUACAUCCACAAACAGGACAUCAUCCACAGGAAUAUAAAGCCGUCCAACAUUCAGGUGGUCUCACAGACGUUCCGCCUGUGUGACUUUGGCACGGCUGCCCUCAGCAGAGACAGGAUGAAGAUCAAGGUUAAGGCCAAACAAGAUCAGCAGUGCUGGAUGGCCCCCGAGUGUUUGAGUCAGCAGGUGUGGUCGGACAAGUCAGACAUCUGGUCCCUGGGCUGUGUUCUGCUUGACAUGCUCACCUGCCACAUUAACAGUGAAACAGCUGCCAUGUACCAGCUGAUAAAUCUGAAGAAGAAAAAGAGUGCCCUGGACGUCAUCGUGGCUCAGAAUGUUCAGUCGGUACUGCGCGAGAUGUUCCGCAAUGAGCCUCACUACCGUGCUAAUGUAUGGGACCUGAUGAAGGACCCCCUGGUGCAGAGGUGCCUGGAGCUCUGUGGCUCCCCCGUGCACGUCAUGACCUCGCUGCCUUCCGGCGUCAGCGGACCUCCUUUCCACGAGGGCCUCCACAAAGUCCUAGGCUUCAUGCAGACCUACAAGGACGUGGAGUCUGUUCAGCUGCAGUGUCUGUCAUACGUGCUAUCAGAGAAGGAGCAAGUGAUUGGUUGCCAGGACGACGUGGUCAAGAUCACCAUGUCCACCAUGAGGGCCCAUAAGGACUCUGGUGGAGUCCAGCUCAAAGCCUGCCAGGUCCUGCACCUCUGUGUGGAAGCAGGGGAGGAGAGUGGUGUGCAGAAGCAGUGUGUGUUUGAGGGAGAGGCCAUCUCCUGUAUCCUGGCUGCCAUAGAGACCCACAUCAGCAACCCAGAGCUGCUGUCCCAGGCCUUCCUCCUCCUUCUUCUCCUUCUCUCUGAAAACAUGCGUUCGGUGCAGUGUUUCCUGCAGCUGAAUGGGAUCUCUGCGGUGUUCAAGGCACUGAAGGCGUUCCCCCAGCACUGCGCCAUUGCCAGCCACGCCUGCAGAUGCCUCUGGAUGAGCCUGAGGCAAACUGAGCUGCCGGGGGAGGUGUCCCUGCUGGGGUGUGUGGAGGCCGUGUGUGAGGUGGCAGAUGUCCACCGCCAGGAUGCCACCGUCAUGGAGGACGUCUGCUCAGCCCUGCUAGCCCUCUCAAGCCAUGGCACGAUGGAGGGCAAGGACGUGGAGGACGUGACGCUGACACUGCUGAGGGCCCUGCAGGACCACACGGGCCAGCACACGCUAGUGCAGAGAGCCUUCGCCACUCUGGGGAACCUCACACACAUGUCCAAUGUGGCAUGCCUACGUCUCCUGGUCGGCCCCGGUGGCAGAAGCGGCAUCAUGGUGAUGAGGGAGGCACGGCAACAGUACCCCGGCGACCAGCAGCUCACUCUCAGCAUGGUCAAAGUCCUGGCAGACAUGGCUAAACACGACAAGCUGGUAGAGGAACUGGUAGCUGUGAACACUCAGGACGACCUGAGGCAGAGUGAAGCAGACUGUGCUUCAGAUGAGAAUAUGAAGAGGCUGGUUCAGACCACCCUCUCCCGACUGAAAAAAGUGGAGAAGAAGAAGAAGAAGUCAUCAUCAUGAUCAGUCUCAUUCUGUUGGAGUGUGACACAAGGACAGCAAAGUUGUCAGAAGUAAAAGAAAGAAAAAGACACGCAGCACUUUCAAAUUUGGAUUCUUUUGGAUAUUUUUGUUUUUUUGUUUUUUUGACCCAUGAUCCAAUGUGUGAGCUAUGAAGUCUGCACAUAUUGUGUAGGGCUAUAUGAAAGAUUCACGGAGACACUGUUCAAUAAAUAAAUAAUAAUAUACAGUA